UUUUUCUAAAUAAAGCUGUUUUUUCACGGAUGCAAUAACUUUCGCUUAGUCAGAUACCGGCGAAUGAGGGAUGCGCGUCUAGCCAUAGACUGUAGACUCUAUACAGAUGUCUAGCAGUCUCAUGAAAUUGCAAUGGCAAUGUAAUAUGGCGAUCAUGGCUUCACUCGGGGUUCAGCAAUGCUCGGGCCCUAUAUUUCUAUGUCCGAGGUACAGUUAACCUGUACGCGUAACUCUGUGGGACAGUUCUGCAGUGAAGAAUGCAUUGGAUGAUAUGGUUAAGGAUGUACUUAUAAAGAAGUAUAACUACAUAGAAAACUACGCAUUACUUGAUGGAAGAUUAGCUCUUUGUGGAGUUGCUGUAAUAGUAGCUAUUAUCGGGUUGCUCUUCGACUAUCUUUAUCCAUUUCCAGCAUCUAAAUCUGUGCUAGUUGUUUGUGUCACAAUAUACUUCUUUGUGAUGGGUCUUUUGUCACUGUAUACAACACAUAAAGAAAAGAACAUAUUUGUUGUUGCAAUUCAAAGAGACCCAGCAGGUUUCAAUCCUGAUCUCAUCUGGGAAGCAAGUUCCUAUAUGAAUAAAUAUGAUGAUAAAUAUAAUCUUGUAUUGUCCGUCAGAAAUACAACUACGGAAAAUUCAAAUGAGACUAGUGUUACAAAAUCUGUGGGAAAUUUCAUUGAUGUCAAUGGUGUUGUUAUUCGAGAAUUAAUAGCAAAUGUUGUAACAAACAUGCACGAUAGUUUAACCAGUCAACGCAAAGAGAAGUAGUAGUGAAGAUAACACUUGUUUCAUCAAACAUGAUUGUCAUUCCCUUAUAUCGCAUAAAACUAUUCAUUUUUUUCGUGUUAUGUAUUUUUUAUUGAAAUAAAUAUGAUAUGAGAAUAAAAUUUAGUGACUUAAAAUAAUGUAUGUAUUGUAAUUCGUAUCUAAAUGUAACAGGAAAAACAAAUAUAAACUUUCACAUAGCCAUUACUAAAA